AUGCGUACUACACUUCUUACCGCCGCCCUUGCGGUGGCUCCAGCCCUCGCCUAUCCCGGCAUGGGCACACCUGAGCAGAACAAGCAGGUCCGCGCCGCCAUGGCCGCUGGCGAAAACUACCACGACAAGCUGGUCCGUGACAUCACCAAGGCCACCGCCAGAGUCAAGCAGCCCCGCCAAUGCGGCAAGCGCUGCCAGGGCGACGCUGAGGAAACCGAUCAGGAUGGAGACGAGGAGGUGGACGGUGGCGGCGGCGGUCGCGACCCCGACGAGAACCACGACCUCGACUCGCUCGAGUUGAUCGGCGACCUGAUCGGCAUGCCCAACAACAAGCUCUCCAGCACCGGCUUCGCCAUCAAGGAGCUGCUGACCACGACCGGAGGCGCCCCGGAGAGCGGCGAGAGCUACCGCCCCGGCGAGCUGGCCGCCAGGGGCACGGCGGCCUGCGCCAAGGACACGUGCUGCAUCUGGAAGUACAUCGCCGACGACAUGGUGCCCAUCUUCAGGGGCAGCUCGGGUCGCUGCACGGAUUUGGCCCGCGGCGCCAUCCGCAUGGGCUUCCACGACGCGGGCGGCUGGUCCAGGACCACGGGCCAGCUCGGAGGCGCCGACGGGUCGCUCAUCCUGGCCCCCGAGGAGAUCCAGCGGUCUGACAACCGCGGCCUCGAGGAAAUCGUCGAACAGACCAAGAAGUGGUACGCCGACUAUUCGAAGUACGGCGUGGGCAUGGCCGACCUGGUGCAGUUCGCUGCCAACGUCGCCACGGUCGUGUGCCCGCUCGGCCCGCGCGUGCGCACCUUUAUCGGCCGCAAGGACUCGUCCGUCCCGGCCCCCAAGGGCCUGCUCCCGCCCGUCGACGGCAGCGCCGACUUUCUGAUCGAGAUGUUCCGCAACAAGACCAUCGAGCCGCACGGCCUGGCGGCCCUGCUCGGCGCGCACACCACCUCGCAGCAGCGGUUCGUCGACCCAUCGCGCGCCGGCGACCCGCAGGACAGCACGCCGGGCGUCUGGGACAUUCUGUACUACCAGGAGACGCUGAAGCAGGUGUCGGUGCCCGAGAAGGUGUUCAUGUUCCAGUCCGACGUGGUGCUGUCGCAGCACCCGCUCAUCAAGCAGGAGUUCAGCCUGUUCGCGGCCAAGGACCUCGGCCAGUCGCACUGGAACUUUGACUACGCCCGCGAGUACAUCCGCCUGUCGCUGCUGGGCGUCUACAACAUCAACGACCUGACCGAGUGCACAAAGUCGCUGCCGGCCAGGACCAAGACCUUCUCGGCUCCCGACGAGGACCUGGUCAGCAGGUGGCUGUCGGGCGGCAACGUCGCCGGCGACACGGCCAGGAAGAUCAUGAACGGAGAGAGCCUCAACGGCGGCAAGGGCAUUUUGGGGCUUGUCUCGGGCCUGUUUAGCAAGAUCAAGGGUAUGAUGUAA